AUGAAGUUUGUCAUACUAGCGGCGGUUCUCGCCGCGGCUUCGGCCACCGUCAUCAAGGAUACCGGCUUCGUCAUUGGAAGGGAAAGAUUAGUCAAUGUAGACAUCAAGACGAAGGAAUGGCUUUGCAUGAAGCUACUGAACAACAUACUCCAGCUGACGGUCUACGAUGACAUCAGGGAGGUCGCCAGGGACUGGGUCCUGGAGGAGAACUUCGACAAGUACUUGAAAGUCGAUGUAGUGAAGACAUUCAUCGACCAUUACAAAAUGGACUUCCUGCCACGCGGUGAAGUGUUCGUGCACAGCAACAGCAGACACGUCGAACAGGCCGUUAUGGUCUUCCGUAUGCUGUACUUUGCUAAGGAUUUCGACACCUUCAUCAGGACCGCCUGCUUCCUCCGUGAGCGCAUCAACGGUGGCAUGUUCGUGUACGCUUUCACCUGCGCCGUGUUCCACAGAGAAGACUGCCGCGGCGUGACUCUACCUGCUCCCUAUGAAAUCUACCCCUAUUUCUUCGUCGACAGCCACAUCAUUAACAAAGCUCAUAUGAUGAAAAUGACCAAAGCCGCCAUGGACCCCGUGGUUAUGGACUACUACGGCAUCAAGGUCACCGACAAGAACCUCGUUGUCAUCGACUGGCGCAAGGGUGUACGUCACGUGAUGAGCGAAAGUGAUCGCCUGACCUACUUCACCGAGGACAUCGACCUAAACACGUUCUAUUACUACCUGCACAUGUACUACCCGUACUGGAUGACUGACGAUAUAUACGGCUUAAACAAAGAGCGUCGCGGUGAGGUCGUCAUGUACGCCAAUCAACAAUUGCUUGCAAGAUACAGAUUGGAGCGUCUCGCGCACAAGAUGUGCGACAUCAAGGUGCUCGACUGGCACAAGCCCAUGAUGACCGGCUACUGGCCCAAGAUCCGCUUACAUACUGGAGACGAGAUGCCCGUACGUAGCAACAACAUGGUGCUCAUCAACGAGAACAACAUGAAAUACAAGCUUCGCUUUGAUGACUUCGAAAGAAUCAUUCGUGAGGGCAUCAUUAAGGGUCGCAUGGAAUUCCGCGAUGGAACUGUUAUCAGUUUGAAAAAGGUUGAGGACUUCGAGAACCUCGCUAGGAUACUUCUCGGUGGUAUGGGUUUCGCCAAGGACGAUGCUAAGGUCAUGCACCUGGUGCAUUUGUUCAGAAAAAUCAUGUCUUACGGUACUUACAACUUCGACAAAUACACUUACAUCCCGACCGCAUUGGACAUGUACACAACUUGCCUGCGCGAUCCUCUAUUCUGGAUGAUGAUGAAGCGAAUCACUGAAAACGCAGUUCUUUUCAAGAAGUACUUGCCCAGAUACACCAAGGAAGAGCUCAGUUUCGACGGAGUUAAAGUAGAACGUCUCGUUACUGACAGGUUGGUCACUUUCAUGGAUGAGUACGACGUGGACAUCACAAACGCCUUGUACCUUGACGAGACUGAGGUUCAGAAGAAGAAGUCUGACAUGACCUACGUAGCUCGCAUGCGCCGCCUCAACCACCAACCCUUCAAGGUAACCAUCGACGUAGUCUCUGAGAAGGCCGUUGACGCUGUUGUACGUUUGUUCAUCGGACCAAAAUAUGACUGCAUGGGUCGCCUUUUGAGUUUCAACGACAAACGCCUCGACAUGGUAGAGAUCGACAGCUUCCUCUAUAAACUAGAAACCGGCAAGAACACAAUUGUGCGCGACUCACAUGAAAUGCAUAACGUGAUCGGCGACAGGCCAUGGACUCGUCGUUUCACUGACAAUCUCGUCGACACCACCUACAGCACUGACCGCAUCGUCGACAGCUCCUGGUACAGACAGCGUCUCGGCUGGAGCCACAGACUACUUCUCCCUCUCGGUAACCGCGGCGGUAUGCCUCUCCAGCUCUUCGUCAUCGUUACUCCUGUACGCACUGGCCUAGUUCUACCCACCAUCGACAUGUCUGUCAUGAAGAACCGUCACGCUUGCUACUUCUCCGUUUGCUUCGACACCAUGCCUCUCGGCUUCCCAUUCGACAGAGAGAUCGACGUGACCCGCUUCUUCAACAGCAACAUGAAGUUCAUCGAUAUCAACGUCUACAGAAAAGACAUGGGCAUCUCCAACACUGUUAAGGACAUCGAUAUGUCAGAAAUGGUCAUGAAACGUGACGACCUCACCUACUUAGACACCGACAUGUUAGUCAAGUGGUCUUACAGGGACGUCAUGAUGAUGAGCGCUGACAAAAUGUUAAGAAUGUAGGGCGGUAUGCAUAUCUUCUGUACUUUAUGUAAUAAAAUAAGCAAGUUAUUUA